AUGGAUACGUUGCGCGAACAGGUGAUGAUCAACCAAUUCGUGCUGGCCGCCGGAUGCGCCAGAGACCAGGCCAAGCAGUUGCUGCAGGCCGCCCAUUGGCAAUUCGAGACUGCAUUGAGCAUAUUUUUUCAAGAUUCUUCUGUAUCAAGUUGCAGUCAAAAUUCAGCACAGUUUGGAUUUGGACAAAUGACACCGUGUAAUACUCCUGCUACGCCACCCAAUUUCCCUGACACUCUGAUUGCCUUUUCACGUAUGACAACUUCAUCCGAAAACUCAAAAUUGGGAUCAUCACCGAGUAUGUCUGUUUCUCCUCAAAAUAGAACCUCAUUAGAAAACAGUCAAUCCAAGAGGCACCCAUAUGCACGUUUAGCGCCAAACACAGUUUCAAACAACACAUAG